AUGGCAUCUCUUUGGAAAACGGUCGGGAUUGGUAUAGGAGCUCUGCUUGUGGUCGGCUUGGUGGUAGGGAGCAUGACCUGGGCGAUUUUGGCCAGCAGGAGUCCGAUAAUAGAAGCCCCAGUGACGGAGAUCAAACCUCUGGAUUGGUGGGAGCACGCCAUAAUCUACCAGAUAUAUCCGCGCUCUUUCCAGGACAGCGAUGGGGACGGCAUCGGAGAUUUAAAAGGUAUCACCAGUCGAAUGGAACACUUCGUGGAAACGGGAGUCGAUGCCAUCUGGAUGUCUCCUAUAUUUGAAUCACCGAUGAUAGACUUCGGAUAUGAUAUUAGCAAUUUUUAUGAGAUCCAUCAUGAAUAUGGUACAAUGGCUGAUUUCGAAGAAUUAGUUGCAAAGGCACAUGAACUUGGCAUCAAGGUUCUGUUGGAUUAUGUACCAAAUCAUGCAAGCACUGAAUCUUUAUACUUCAAAAACUCCGAAGCCAGAGUGCCAGGAUACGAAGACUAUUUUGUGUGGGCUGAUCCUCGCCCAAAUCCUCUCAACCAAAGUGAUCGUCUAGUACCUUCAAAUUGGAUCAGCCAAUUCGGAGGUUCUGUGUGGGAGUGGAGCGAGGUCAGGCAGCAAUUCUACUUGCAUCAAUUUGCGGUAGAACAGGCCGAUUUCAACUUUAGACACCAAGCAGUGAAAGAUGAAAUGAUCAAUAUCAUGACAUUUUGGAUUAAGGAGAAAGGAGUUGAUGGGUUCCGCGUCGAUGCCAUACCACACCUCUUCGAGGCAAAGCCAGAUGAGAACGGCAUUUACCCGGACGAACCGCUAUCUGGAAACAUGUUUUUGAACCCCGAUCAACCAGGAUAUACGACACAAAUUCACGUCAGGGACCUUAUUGAACUCUAUGACGUUGUUUAUGAAUGGAGAGACUUUGUGGAUCGCCUGAAGGAAGAGAUGGGUUCAAACACUAAAAUCCUUCUAGCGGAAGCAUACGCAAAUAUCACCAUGACUAUGCUUUACUACGGUAACGAACGAGAUCGCGAAGGCGCUCAUUUCCCGUUCAACUUCGACUUCAUCACCAGCUUGUCGGCGAGCUCAAAUGCCAGAGAUUUUGCUUUCAUGAUCAAUCGGUGGCUGACUUACAUGCCUUAUGGCAGAAUUGCUAAUUGGGUGUUUGGAAACCAUGAUAAUAACAGAAUGCCGUCUCGAUUCAGAGAGAAUAUGGUGGAUGGUCUGAAUGCCUUAAAUCUCAUGUUGCCUGGAGUCGCAGUGACUUACCAGGGUGAAGAGAUUGGAAUGAGGGACGGAUAUGUCAGUUGGAAUGACACCGUGGACGUAGCCGCGUGUAAUCAGGGCAAUCCUGACAACUACCUACAGUUCUCAAGAGAUCCGGCCAGGACACCGUUCCAUUGGGACGGUACUGUCAGCGCCGGCUUUUCAACUAAUACGUCAACUUGGUUGCCAGUUGCACAAGAUUUCAGAGAAAUAAACUUGUUAUCCCAAAAAAUUGCCUUCAGGAGCCAUUACAAAGUGUACCAAGACCUUACUAGUCUUCGGCGAGAGUCGCGGGCUUUGUCUCAUGGCUUGUAUCUGAUCCGAGCCUUGAGCGAGUUCACCCUGGUGCUGGUGCGGCACCUCCCUACCUUCGAUACGUACGCGCUGGUGUUCAACGUCGGUAGCGUCAAUGACACAGUCGACCUCAGCAGGGUGGAACUCUUCGCCGAGCCGUUAACUGUGGUCACCUCUAGUAUACAUGCCACUAGGGGAAGACGGGACACAAUAUCGUUGGACGAGACGGUGACACUGCUGCCGGGUGAGGCGCUUGUGAUACGAGCCCCUCCUACGUGAAAACAACGAACGAUCGUGUCUAAGAAAAUAUUACGAAACUUUAAUUUUUAUUUUUUUAAGUAUGUAACUGCUCGAUGUUUUAAUCUAAAGAAAGAAUUACUAGAUAAAAUUCCACCUGGACUAGGCAGCAGACGGGACUCGAACCAUUCAUAUGUCAUUUGACAUUGUAGGUUACCUGCAGUGCGAAGAAAGAAUUCGACAUGGCCAUCAGGGCCGCGGUAGCAUAAGUCAGUGCAUUCACCCGGAUAGCGAAAGGUGCGGGUUCGAGGCCCGUCUGCUGCCUGGUCCGCGUGGAAUUUUUUCUAGUCAUAUUUUCUUUAGAUUACGAAACUAAUUAAUAUACGAGUAUUAUUGUUAUUAAAAAUUUAUUAAAAAAUGUUAGUAACAACAGAAGCCCUAGCACGAAUUUUGAACUGAAAUUUGAACGAACGGAGGAAUCUUCUAAGAUUUUCGGUCACCCAUCCAAUGACCGACCAUUGCGAAAAUUGCUUAACUUCAACGAUCGCAGCCGAACGCGCCAGCCACCUGCGCCAUCGAGCUCCUCAAAUUUAAA